UGACUCCGUUCUGUUAUCACACUUCAAGCCUUCAACAAUCAACUACCUCCUAUUUCUUUCAUCUCACAGCGGCCCGGCCCCUAACCCUGGUGUCACCCGCGCCCUAACCUCACCGAGCGGUUGCCAUUGUUUCCGUCUUCUCGUGCCAACAGUCCAGGUCGGUAAAGCUGGAGGAUUCGAAAGGAAAAACAUGUCUGAUAGUGAUAAAGCUCCAUACAAAGCAAAAGAAGAUAAAAGGAAACGCGAAUACGAGAAGACCAUGGAGGCCUACAAUAAGAAAGAGAUUGUUGCCCCGGUGGAAGAACAUGAAUCUGAUUAAUCAAAGUCUGAAAUAAACGACAACAAUGAAGAUGAUGACAAUGCCAAGGUUAGUAUUGAUUGAAUGAAACACCAAGUCAGAUUAAUUUUUUUUGGAAUGAUCUAAAAUUUAUCAAUAAUGGUGCUUUGCUACAGCUGACUGCUUAUGGUUUAUUACCGCCUACCUCCUGCACUCUUCUCCCAAACUUGUUUUGCAAAGUUUUUUCGAGAGUAUGCAGGGUUUUGGAGUAAUAUAUUUACUGCUCCUUAGUAUAGUUGUGGUUGAAAAAGCUUUUUCGGGAACACAACAUACUAUAUAUAUACUUCAUAUAUACUACUCCGGUGCUUUUCAGACUUUGACUUAUCAGAUUCAUCUGGACUGAACCAUAAGGCUAUUAGUGUAAUGCAUUUAACUGAACAUUUUAACAUCAGUUAAUAAAUUAGUAUAAUGAAUUGAACAUUAGGAUUUUCUAUAUUAUGUUACUUCAUUCGGUUGAUAACAAAGUGUAUUAUGUGGUAUCAUUUUGAAGUAAUCAAACUCAGGUGGUUAAUAUGGCAUCAUUUUGAGAAAAAAUGAUAGUUCAUAUUGAAAUAAGAAUGAAGUCAAACUUUACAGCCACUGUUAUACUUAUGCUUAUUGUGCUAAUUUAAUUUAGUACUCCCUCCGUCCCAGAACUAUCUUCAUAGUUACUAUUCACAUGGUCAACUCAAAUUACUCUUAAUCUUUUACUUUAUAUAUCAAAUUUUUUUCAAGUUUAAAAUUUCUUGAUCAGGCUUUGUAGCGGUUUAUUUUAAUUUAGUUUCUGAAUAUGUAAAUUUUAAUUACUAAAAAUAAUCCGAGUGUGAACACGGAUUAAGUUGCUUUAGCGUCAGUCAAGUAUCGUAAACCAAAGGGAAAACUGUCAAAUAGGCCCCCCUACUAAUACAGAAAAGUCAAUUAAGCCCCUGAACUCAAAAAACACUCAAUUAAGCCCACGAACUAUAAAAACGAGGCAAAACAGUCCUUUUAGCAGGUAAUUAAGCAGUUAAAAAGAGAUAAGGAAAAAAGGAAAGAAAGAGAAAAAGAGAAAAAGAAAAUGUAAAAGCAUGCCACAUCAUUUGCCACACAUGCAACUUAACUGGGAACGGUUAAUAUCUUGCUAAAAGGACUGUUUUGCCUCGUUAUAUUUAGUUCGUGGGCUUAAUUGGAUGUUUUUUGAGUUCGGGGGCUUAAUUGACGUUUUUGUAUUAGUAGGGGCCUAUUUGACACUUUUCCCUAAACCAAACUAUGAAGAUAAUUCUGGGACGGAGGUAGUAAUAGAGAAAUGAAAAGGCAGCUAGAUUUAAUGAAGUGCUGCAGCCUGGAAUUAGCCUAUUUGAGCAAAAUAAACUAUGUUUGCUUCAUAAGGUCAUGUGUGGAUCAGGGUCUACUGAAAGAUAGCAAUAGCUAAAGACAACUAAUUGUUCAAAAUGUAUGUGUUUAUAUUUUAUAUACCUAAAGAAGCAUUACAUAAUUUCAUAAAACACAACUAAACAAUUAAGAAUGUACAAAGUGGUAUAAGGGAAUAAUUUUAGCCGAAAAUUGUAUUUCGUUUCUUUGUUAUCACAUGGUUGUUUAUUAUUUGUAUUCAAAUUGAUAAUAAUGUGUUCUGUCUAACUUAUGUCAAUGGAAUCAACCUAUUUGAAUAUUCUUAUAACCUCUGGAUAUCUCAUAUGUCCUAACAUCUGUCAUUAGCUUAGCCUAUUUUAAAUAGUCUAAUACUCUCUAUCAAAUUACUAAAUGAUUCAGUUACAAAAGGAUCCCUUUUGGCAAUCUAUAUGUUUCUUAAACUAGAAAUUUAUCUGUGAGUCGUUUUAAAGAACACAUGAGGUGAAAAUUGAAGAAUAUGAAAGUUAGGAAUGAAACAUGAAAUUUAAGAAAAACCUGUUUGUAAAAUUUAGUGGAUUAAUGUUUAUUUUGGUUGGUAAAAGGACUACAUGCAUUGAUGGUAUUUUUAUAUCUGGUUUGUUUCAUUUUUUUUAAAGAAAUGUUAUGUGGUUGUGUUUAGCUAAGUUGUGAGUAAAUAAUAUAAAUUAGGGUUCUAGAAUGGGUAGAUGGGUACUACAAUGGAGAUAUAAAGACCAGGAAAGCAAUGUAGGCUAUAGAAAUCAUUACUGAUCGGUUGGGAUUACAGAGGACUGAUGAAUUGAGAGAGCUUUAUGAGUCUCUGUUAGCGGGUGAAGCUAAGCCACAACCAGAUAUGCACUCUGUUGCAUUGUCACCGGAAGAUUUCACAGAUACAGAGUGGUAUUUUUUUGUUUGCAUGUCAUUCCUAUUCAACAUAGGCCAAGGGCAACUCUCUUACUCCCUUUCAUCUUUCUGCACUUGUAAAAUUUUUAGGGUAUCUGACGGGAGCAUAUGGUUUUUUAUUGUUAAUGUCUCCCCACCCAAACUUCAUUUCUUUUUUAAAAUUUAAAGAACAAGCAAUGACCCAUCAAUGAAGAGAGCACACUUACUUGUUCCUAGGACCGAACAUGAGGCCAAAAUCAGAUCUGACCAAAUUGAACUAGAGCUAGAACUUAGUAGGAAAAAAGUUGGCCCAAAGAGUGGACCUAUUUUUUUUCUGGCUCAGGACUGGUCAAGAAUAUUCCAGGUCAAACUCAACUGAUACAAGACUGGUAUCACAUUUCUUUAAAAAUGGUUUGGCUAUGUUUUAAUCUUUAAAAUAAAAAUUGGCUUGCCAUCCGUAAAUAAAGAAAAGUGAAGGUUUGACAAAUGUACACGACCAAAUGAAUGUUGACUAUGUUCCAGAAAUGUCUUUAAGAGUAUUUGGUUCUGAAAUUGUCGUAAGCUGGGUGGAGCCUGAAGUCAUGCUAAUGCCCUUUUACAUCACUAACCAAGUUGCCUGAGAGGGCACUUGAGAAGAAGCAAAGUAUUUGACUAUGCAAUGCAGACCAAGCAGACAACGGAACCUUUAUCAUAUCAUUGCUUGCAAAGGAAAGGGGAGCAAUUCUUACCCAAAUCUCAUAUAGCUGGCCGUCCAGAGUGCGUCUAUUCAGACUGUUGUAUGCUUUCUGCACUUGGGAGGUGUAAUUGAGCUAGGAGCUACUGACUUUGUAAGUGAGCUUCAAUUUUUCAUAGUUUCCUUUGCCUCGUGCUUUUUUCAUGUGUGAUGUGUACAUCAAGUGCCUAAUAAAAGUCAUGGAUGUGAUACUUUACUUUAAACCGUAAAAUGGGCGAUCGUACUACAGUGUACCGGUGUAACUCGGGUUUUGUAUGCCACCGAUCAAAGACCAUACAGAUAUUGCCACACCUUGUGGUGCUCAUAUGCAAACUGAAUAUGGCCACCAUCUUUUUGACCAUGCUGCUGGAAAUGGCAGUAUAUAUUCUCUCCUCAAAAUUAAAUAUCUACAUGAGAGUGUGAGUAUAAGAGUAUUUUACAUUAUCAUUCUCCCAUUCUCCCAUUCCCCCAAUGGGAUACAACAGAAGAUAGUUGCAAGUAAACCGAAAGUGCAUAUUUUGGGUCAAAAUUUCAUUUCAACACCUGUAUUGUAAUAUCUAUUUUGAUCUUCACAUCCUUUUUGCAGUUUUACCUUAGAUUCCACUACUGUUCCCCAAUGUAAAAAAAACAUUUUCUGGAUAAAGGACUCAUAGAAGUCUCUUCAAAUAAACUCCUUAAAAGAAUAGGGUGGCAUCCAUCCUUUCCACUUUCACGUAGGUCAAUUGUUUUGUAUGACAAAUUACUUGUACGAUAAAUGUUGUGACUUCACGUUUAAUUGAGAUGUAUAUUUGUUUUUAAAGUUUCACGUUUUUUUCUUUGUCAAUAUAAUACAAAUUGCAAAAAUAUAAUUAAAUAUUUGGGUUACAGAAUACAUUGGACACUAUUCUAAUCGCGCAACGCGCGUUACAAAACUAGUAAAAUUUAUAAAUGUUAUUUUGGAUGUGAUAUUAGUAUUUGAAAAGUAGAUGAAUUUUGAAGGACAUUGAGUACAAAAACUAAAUUUGUUAAAUCAAAUUAUUUUAGGGAAAAUCGCAUAUAUGGUCCCUCAGUUAUCCACGAAAUUUAAAUCUCAGACCUGUAUUUCUGAGAUUGUAAAUGUCACCCCUUUAUUGUCCAAAAUGCUGUAAAUGUGGUCUUUUUGAGGGGUGAAAUAUACAAUGUGAGCGAAAGUACAUUUCACUACUUAAAGGACCACAUUUCCAUCAUUUUGGACAAUUGAGGGGUGACAUUUACAAUAUCAGAAAUACAGGUCUGAGAUUUUAAUUUCGUGGAUAACUGAGGGACCAUAUAUGCGAUUUUCCCAUUAUUUUAUGAGAUUGAGUGAGUCUUAUUUAGCUAUAAAGCUAUUUUUUUUUUGUGUUUUCAUUCUGCACUUUGUUUUGUGCAAGUGAUGAAAGUUAUGCUUGACAAAGAGAGCCACAUUAGAACACCUAGAUUAUUUAUUAAACAUUUGUGCAUUUACAUUUGGAUUUGAGUACAUGUAAACAAUUACUCCGUAUGUUGUUAUGGGUUUUGAAUGCCUGAAUGUUUAUGUUUUAGUUUGGAUGGUGAUUUACCUUGUGCACCCGUUUAAAUAAAGUGCGACGGUAACACCCUUUGUUUAUCAUUCCACUGUGUAAAAACAUUUUACAUUUUAAGUAUUUUGGAAAAUGAUUUAUUAAAUUACUAGUUAUAAUAUGUACACAUCAUUUUGGCCUUCCCAUUAUUCAUUUAUUUUUCAUUGAUUCAUCAUUAUUUUGUCAUUUUCAUAGGAGCAUGUUCACAUCAUGGCUACGGAUCGAUUUGGAGUUGAUAGAAAUAUACAAUGUGAAGAUCCAAAGUUUGUUUCAAAAAAGUCAACCUUGUAGGAAGAGUAGUUUAAUAUUUUUACAAUGUAGUUUAUCAGUUCAUAUUUUACUAGUGAUAAAUAAUUCUAACACCAUCCAAUGUUUUUACACAAUUCAUCUUAACAGAAAGUCUAUACAUAUACUACGAGCAUGUUUGGCAGACAUAAGUCUUUG